GCCAAACUGUUCGUCGUUUUUAUCGCCAUUUUUAUCGCCAUUUUUAUCGCCAUUUUUAUCGCCAUUUUUAUCGUCAUUUCUAUCGUCAUUUCUAUUGUCAUUUCUAUUGUCAUUUUUGCCAAUUCGUUCGCCGUUUUUAACGCCAUCUGAUUGCCAUUUUAUGGCCAAUUUGUUCGCCAUUUUACCGCCAUUUUACGGCCAUUUUAUCACCAUUUUACCGCCAACCUGUUAGCCUUUUUUCCCCAGUUUUUACAUUCCUCCGCACUUUCCCUUUCACGUUAUUAUGUACACAUUGGGUAUACCCCUCUCGCAUAAACGUAAACGCGUACACGGAGAACUUCCUGCAGAUUCGAACUUCCGCGGACGCAUGUCGCAGAUGAGAACAUCUCGCCAGUCACCCCAAAUAGAAGAUUUUUCAAAUUGGGCAGCCAGGCCAAAAAAUAAAAUUAACGGGAGGAGCAACGGAACGGAGAAGGAAGCAAAAACAGGAAGACGAAAGGGACAGCGUUACUACCUAAGCGCAUUCACAUUUUGAGAAACCCCUGUUAGACUACUCCCCAGGCGGAAAAAACAUCAUUUGUAAAUUUUUUUUUUUUCGCUCUACCGGAUUUCCAUUUUUUUCCCUUAAAAAGGAAGCGCGUUAAUAUUUAUAAGCCUUCUUCACCUCAUCGAAACGGUAGAAUGACAAUUUUUAAAACGUUCAUUUAAUAUGGAUUUUAAUUCGAGGAAAAAAAAAAAAAAAAAUAAUAAUAAUAACAACGACAUAUAUAAUGAAAAUAUAAAUAUAUACCUGGAGGAAAAUGACAACUACAUACUUGAUUUGGAGAAGAAGGUUCAGACCCUCAAACUGCUGGGAUCCAACCUGAGAAAUGAAGUCCGCACAUCGAACUCCCUCCUGGAUAAUUUGUCGGACAGGAUGGAAAACGUGAACAGAAAGUUAACAGGCGUGUACAGGCGCGUGAAAAAUAUUAUAAAGACAAAGGGAAAUAAAUACAUGUUUUACCUCAUCCUGUUCUUCCUCUUUUUGCUGUUUUUUAUGAACUACUUAUAUCGAAAGAAUAGAUAAAUUGUGCGUUUGCGGAUGCGUCCAUCUGUAUAGUGCCACUCCCGCAUGGGCACCCACGCGAGCGUUACUUCCGAAGGAGAUCGCCCCUUUUAACCCCCCCCGUGAAUUAUUUGGCGCAGUUUGCGCAGCUAUGGCUGUAUAGUUUUUUUUACGUCCCUGCCCGCGCGCGUACACAUAUGCAUAUAUAUAUAUGUGUACACCCGCGCGUAAUUAUUUACACGCAUA